GCCCGUCGUUCGAUCAGUUAUCACAAGACAUUCAGAAGACAGCACAAUUAAUGGGCGCGUGUACAAACACUAGACGCCUCUGGCGGGUACUUAUACCCCCGCGAUUUUGCAUCGAGUCAUCCCAGCACACUACGUACCUUUCCAUCCAUCCAGAUUCUUGAUUCAUUUCUCUUUACUCUCUUCCCCACAUACCAUGAGUUACGGGUAUUUUACACCAACAGCGUAUGGUCAUGGCUCCGCGACCUCUGUCCGCACCCAAGGUGCCGCCUCCGCAUCACCGGCUCGGGUAUUACCCGGUGCUCCGCGCGUGAAUACCGUGUCACUGCCCCACCCCAACUCCUCACCAUAUUAUAGCCCCACGCACUAUGAUCCACCCACUGGCGCACCAGGGAUUCUGGCUCUAAACCCACUACUUUCGUACUCUGGGAUACCGCCUAUAUACUUUAACGUCCUACAGGACGUGCGAUACAUACGCCUGCGGAACGGCUGCUCGCCUAGCUCCCUCCUGGAGCCAGUUCUAAACCGACCUGUAACGUGUCUAUGUAUCCGCUUUGCCCACUAUCCCUGCUGGUCUAUCGAGGUUUCGAACCCCCGCGGAGUAACUGUUACCGAUGUGCUGGUAAGAAUCCGUGAGGCCCUUCACCGGGGUGUAUCUCCCCAGGAGGCUACGGUUAGUAGCACUGCCUCUGAGUAUUUCAGAGCUAGGACACGCGCUGACCCGCGCGAAUAUGCGCAGGGUGUGAAAAGGGUCGAUCUCCUCGGUCCCAACGUGUUCUUUGCAGGACUGUCGCCUUCGCUGGAUGGCCAAAACCGUUGGGACGUUCACUUUGUCUCGACAGCGUGAACACUCACUUGCCUGCCCUUCCUCUGGCACUCACGUCAAUUUCCGUGAAGCAGUAAUCAACAUUUUACCUGGUCAACCUAUUUCAUCUAUUUGCUCUUGACAUGCUUUGUUACAAGUUGAACACUAUCCCUUCUUCUCUGUAUCGCUCCUGCUUUGUAUUUGUUAUCGUUUCAAGUAUUAGAUCUCUCAGAGACACUGUAUUUUAUGAUUUUGUCUUAGUUUUUGUUCUCGUGAUGACUCCACUGCUGAGUAGAAUCAGAAAUCCACUUUGAUGUCAAG